CACACUCACACUCACACGGACCCACCAGCCAAUCCAGCAUUAUAUUAUGAUUGACCCUGUUGGUUGGUUGUUGUUGCUGCUGCUGCUGAUUAUUCCCCAUUCCAAGGCGAUGGUGAUGGUGAUGCAUACAUGUUCUCAUCAUCUCCUAGUUGCUGCUGCCUCCGGGUCAAAAAGGUAAGAAGAAGCACACACCACCGCUGCUGCUGCUACUACUACACUCCUAAUAAUAAUAAUAAUAAUAAAGCUUCCAUGUUUGCAACAAUUCAAAUUUGCUCGGUAGGUGCACUCAAUCAAUCAAUCAAUCAAUCUUCCGAAUCCCUAAGAUAAAUACUAUAGUAGUAAUACACAUACAUACAGGCGCAAUUCCUUUGUCAAAAGCAGCAGGGCAGGGCAGGGCAGGGCAGGGUAGGGCAGUGCGGGGCGGAUGCGCGCCAGUGAGAUCGAUCGAUAGAUGCAUUGCAUUGUUAGUGCCAUCCCAGCCAGAAAUCGAAAUAGAAAUAGAAAUAGAAAUAGAAAUCCGAGAGGCAGCAUAGUAUAGUAUAGCAUAGUAUGUAAAUGUAUGCAUGCAAGAAUGAGGUAUUAUUAUAAUAUAAUAAUGGUCCAUUCUCGGUGAGUGCGUGAGUGAGUGAGUCGCUCCUCCUCCUCCUCCUUCAAACUUGUUCAACCUCAUCAUGGCCACUCGCAGCAGCACUCUCACUCUCACUCUCAGAGUAUUACUUUUACUGCUAGUAUCAUUCCUCCUCCUGCUGCAUUUCGCUGCUGCUGCUUCGGUGUGCCGCCCCUUCUGCAACAACAUUCCCAUCAGAUACCCCUUCGGCAUCGACGACGGCUGCGGCGCCGCCCUCUUCCGCCCUAUGCUCAACUGCUCCGGCUCCGACCUCUUCUUCGUCACCCCCUCCGGCAGCUACAAGAUCCAGAGCAUCGACUACAGCCGGAGGACCCUGACGGUGUUCGACCCCUCCAUGACCACCUGCUCCAUCCUGCAGCCCCGCCACGACUUCCUCAUGACUGACAUCCAGUGGGCCACCGUGCCCCCUUCCCCCGACACCGUCUUCGCGCUCAUCAACUGCUCCCUCGACUCCCCGGUGCUCAACCACUACAGCUCCCUCUGCUUCAACUUCUCCGGCCACUCCUGCGACGAGCUCUACGCCAGCUGCACCUCCUUCAAGCGCUUCCUCUUCUCAUAUUCAUCCCCGAGCGCCAACGGCAGCAGCACCCGCGCGCCGCCGCCGUGCUGCUUCACGCGGUACGACACGGUGCGGAUGAUGAGCAUGAGCAUCCUGGACUGCACCCACUACACCAGCGUCUACAACGCGGACGGCCUGCGGGGCAUCGGGGCGCUGGACUGGCUCUACGGCAUGAGGCUGAGCUACAGUGUGCCGGACCUCGGCUGCGACCGCUGCGCCAACUCCGGGGGCACCUGCGGCUUCGACGUCGACACCAGGGGCUUCCUCUGCAUCUGCGCCCAUUCCGAUUCCAAUUCCACCCGGGACUGCGGGGUUCCGGUGAACCAAGUAGGACGGACCACCACCAGCAGCACCUUCACCUUCACCUCCACCUUCAUCAUUGUCGUCAUGCUGCUGCUGCAACCAUUCAUUAUAUCUCUCCUUUUUGUUUUUACUUGUGAAUUGAAUUGAAUUGGUCAUCUGGCAUCUAUCCUAUAGUUUCAUAAAUCGUAUUCCAUUUCCGCUUCACACCUAGAUUGAAGUUGUUAGAAAAUUUAGCAAACCGUGUAGGUAGUGUAAUGCAUUCCAAUUCCAGAGUAAUCAAUCCUGUUCCCACUUCCCAGCCACCAAGAAUUAUUAUAGUAUCAUAUACACCUAAAAAGGUGAGAUUCUUUUACGCGUUUUGUUUUGAAUAAAAUGUUAUAUUUCUUUGAAACAGGGCUGAGAUUGCCCUGAAUUAUAGGGCGCGAGUCUGAAUUUUGGCCGGCAAGAAUGGCUGGCUGGCUGGAAUCCACCACUUGUCCUGCGUUUUUAAUUUGCAAAAUCUAUUCCAUAAUCAUACACUUGGCUUAAGAAUUAUUAAUAUAAUUCUUGUCUGGGUCCACAACAAUGCGUUGAAAUGGACAAUAUUUUUGUGCCUAGGGUGUAUAGAACCUUGUUUUGACAUGUUUGAAGUUGAUUCCUGUAGGAGUGUGGAUAAAGAUAAAAGCGAACAAACGAAACUACUGCUCUAUCUCUAUCUA